AGAAAUUCAAUGGGAAGGUGAACGCUAACUAUGAAGCCCCGCUGAAAAGCGCUCAAAGUGUUUGGAGUAAAGCCUUCUGGAGACUGCGGUGUCCCUUCCUUAACAUUUCUGGGUCGAAAACUAUUCAUUGAGCGCAAGAUGAUGUCUGACGCCAGCGAGAUGUUGGCAGCAGCCUUGGAGCAAAUGGAUGGGAUCAUAGCAGGCUCCAAGGCUAUGGAUUACUCCAACGGGCUUUUUGACUGCCAGUCGCCCACCUCACCUUUCCUGGGCGGCCUUCGGGUGCUGCAUCUGCUUGAGGACCUGCGGGCAGCGCUGGAGCUCAUGGACAAUGAGGAGAGGGACAACCUGCGAUGUCAGAUCCCUGACUCCACCGCAGACGGGCUGGCGGAGUGGCUGCAGGGACGAAUGACUAAUGGGCAUGGAUCAGAAGCAGUCUACCAAGAACGCCUGUCACGACUGGAGAGCGACAAAGAGUGUCUUAUUCUUCAGGUAAGUGUUCUAACAGACCAGGUGGAGGUGCAAGGUGAAAAGAUUCGGGACCUUGACAAUUGCCUUGAGCAUCAUCGGGAGAAACUAAAUGCUACUGAGGAGCUGCUUCAACAGGAGCUGCUGAACCGGACCGCACUGGAGACCCAGAAGCUGGAGCUGAUGACCGAGGUGUCGAGUUUGAAGCUGAAGCUGACGGCUGUGGAGAGAGAUCACAGGGACAAUGAGGGCUUGUACCAGGAAGUAACAGACCUGCGGUUCAGGGUGACUGACAUAGAGAAUGAAAGACUGCAGUGUGAGAAGAAACUAAAAGCGACCAAACGUCCAAAGUGGAACACUGAGCGGUUCACUGGAGACGAGGAGGAGCUGCAGCUUCUGCAGAGGCAGCUGGAGGAGCGAGAGUUGGAGCUGAGGAGGCUGAAGGACGAGAGCAGACUGAAGGUGGAGAGCCACAGCGGAGCUGGUGGAGGAGACGGAGAUACAGAAAUGCUGAAGAUGAGGAGGGUGUUGGAGACGCUGACGUCAGCUAACGACGAAAAGGAGAGAAGGAUAAAAGAGCUGGAGGAGUCGCUAACAAAGUGCAAGAAAGUACAGGAGCUGGUCAAAGAGAAGUUGAAGGAGGAUGACUAUGAUGAUAUUCCAGACGAUCCCUCGGUUCCUGUAGCCAUGGAGGUGGAUCAGGUCACCGUGGUGUUGGAGGGGGAGGCAGGAAGGAGCUCUGGCGAGUCUAUUCCAUGUAUAGCCGUCCUCUCUGAAAUGAACGAACUGGACAGGGAACGACAGUUACAGGCAGCGGAAAGGUCAGCCAUAACCAGGAGCACUGACCAGGUCAUUAAUAAAGCAGGGCCCGGUUCCUCCUCCCCUACUAAAGCAAACACCACAAGUGAUGAGAGUUUUGGUUCCAAGAAGGCCCGCUCCUCUUUUGGCCGUGGAUUCUUCAAGCUGCGUGGAGGCAAACAGACGGCCAGCGCCCCAAACCUGGAUCGCACCCGGAGUGCCAGUGCACCUGUGUUAGCUGAGACAGAACGUAAAGGCACGGAUCACCUGGACUUGGCCGGCGUUCCUUCACGGAAGUCCCACGAUGGAGCUCCUCUGCCGUCCUCCUCAGAAACCAAAAAGAAGUCUAAAGGCUUUAAGAGAUUUUUUGGCCGGCUAAAGAGGAGUCACUCUACCUCCUUCAACCUCGACGAUGAGAUGGAGUUCAGGAGGGGUGGAGUCAGAGCCACAGCUGGCCCACGACUCGGGUGGUCGCGUGAAUCUAAACACAAGGCUGUUGAAGUUCCUUUCUCGCGGUGGAGUAAAGAUGAAGUUUUUUCGUGGCUGCAUGAGCAAGGCCUGGGUUUAUAUGCUGCCCAGGGACAGAGCUGGAUCAAAUCAGGACAGACACUGCUGCAGGCAUCACAGCAUGAUCUGGAGAAGGAGCUGGGCAUGAAGCAGCCUCUCCACAGGAAGAAGCUGCAGCUGGCCUUGCAGGCUCUCGGGUCAGAAGAGGACGACCUGAAGGGCAAACUGGACCACAACUGGGUGACCAGAUGGCUGGAUGACAUUGGCCUCCCACAGUACAAAAGUCACUUUGAUGAGGCUCGUGUUGAUGGACGCAUGCUGCACUACAUGACAGUGGAGGACUUGCUGUCUCUGAAGGUGGGCAGUGUCCUCCAUCACCUCAGCGUCAAGAGAGCCAUUCAGGUCCUGCGCCUCAAUUCCUACGAACCCAACUGUCUCAGGCGGCGACCCUCUGACGAGAACAACAUCACACCGGCAGAGAUCUCCCAGUGGACCAACCACAGAGUGAUGGAGUGGCUCCGAUCUGUGGAUCUGGCUGAGUAUGCCCCAAAUCUGAGAGGCAGCGGCGUUCAUGGAGGACUGAUGGUGCUGGAGCCGCGCUUCAACGUGGAAGCACUCGCCCUCCUGCUCAACAUUCCUCCCAACAAAACCCUGCUGAGACGCCACCUGGCCACACAUUUCCACCUGCUCAUCGGCUCAGAGGCGCAGCGGCUUAAGCAGGAGUGUCUGGAAAACCCAGACUACACUGUCCUCACGGCCACUGCCAAGGUCAAGCCUAGACGCCUGUCGUUCGGUGGUUUUGGCACUCUGAGAAAGAAACGCCAGGACGACACCGAGGAGUACGUCUGCCCCAUGAACGUGGAAAUGCCCAAAAGCAGCAGCUUCCAGAGCGGGGUCCGAAUGUACGAGGAUAACCUGGACCACCUGGAACAGAUGGAGGACUCUGAAGGGACCGUCAGGCAGAUAGGAGCAUUUUCAGAGGGAAUCAACAAUCUGACGAGCAUGCUGAAGGACGAUGAGUUUUUUCCAGAGAUCUCAGUCUGCCAGCCGGAGGUCAACGCUGCAGAAACAUGCAACAGUUCCAACAUCUAGACGGCGAGCUUCAUGUAAGAACCAACUGUGCCAACAGCAAACUCAUCCCACCAACGUCCGUAGUAGAACAUGUGAGACCUACUUUUACACUAUUCAUUCAGAAGUAAAGCCAUAGCAUCUGUGACCAUAUAUAUAUUUAUUGAAGCUGUCAAAUAUAAUGCAUGAACUGAAAAUGCAAGAUUUUAUUGCAUUAAUGUACCUCUUUUUACAUUUAUCAUUACUCAAGCAUUUGUGUUUUCAGCAUAUUUUAGGUGUUUGUUUCUUUCCCCUUAUUUUAAAGGCUGUUAUUCCUCUCUUGAGUGUAGCUCUCAAGUUUUCACGUCCACAGCUGAUCAGUCAGAUUCAUUUUUAUUUGUGGUACGUAAAGUUGCUUUAUGUCUUCUCUGUUUCUAGUGAUAUGGAGCUGCAAACAUAGUUCUGGUUUUAUUUGCUCAGGACUCUGAGAUUUGUCUCCAACACUGUGGCUUUAAAAAAAAAAAAAAAAAAAAAAAAAAGAAAUACAGCUCCGUAUCUUUCCAGAAAGUGUCCAGUUACCCUCCAUAUAACCACUUGUAUUGGAAUCACUUUCUACUGAAGAAGUAGUUUUUAUGUAAACAGAUCUGUGUGUAUCGCCUUGGACACUGCCACUGGACAGAUGCUGCCGCCUUUCAAAGCUGUAAGCACCAAACACACAUGAUCCCGUUCACAGUAUUGGGGCUAAGACAAAUCUCAGAGGCAGGCAGAUAUGUCAAAACCAAAACUGUUUGUUGCCACAUAUCGCUAGAGGGAACAAAAAGAGAACUGUUCAACAUUUUGAGAAAUGUGCUUAUUUGCUUUCUCACCAAGAAUUAGGUGAGAGGACCGACACCACUCUGUCUGUGCUUUAAAUGUGAAGAACAGGAGAUGAUUGAGACUGGAAACUGGUAGAGAAACUUGUUUAAUCCAAACGCUGCUCACCACAAAAACAGUUACAGCAUGUGACUGUUCCUAAAAAAAAAAAAAUCACUGUUAUUACAUUUGUUUUUCUGCAGAUUACACAAACGAGAUGCCUGCUAGUGAGAUUUAGAGGUGCAGGUAUGUGUCUUUUUACACUAUGCUAGCUGUUUCCCCCUGUUUCCAGUCUCUAUGCUAAGCUAAGCUUACCAUCUCCUGUAGGUUCACAUCUACUGGACAGAUAUGAGGGUAUGAAUCCUCCAAUCUGACGCUCGGCAAGAAAGCAAAGCCGCACGUUUCCCAAAAUGUUGAACUGUAACUUUAAGAAAAGAAACAUGAAUGAAAAGUAAACAUGGGAACCAAAGUCACUGCUUCUACAAACAUUUAGCCAAAUCUCUAUUUUCCUGCAAACCAAAAUUAUGGUUUUAUUCUAUGUUGUGUUUUUAAAUUUUUGGUAAUAAAAAUCAGAAUGCA